ACCCCUGAUAUCAGUUUAGUGUGUAAAUUGUAACCAUACUGUAUCAACGAAUACCUCCGCAAUUACCCAUUAUUGGUGCGCGUAUUUUUAACGUAAACAUUCGCGAAUCGUGAUACGUGAUUUUUUUUCUCCUAUUUCGUGCAACGUGCGUUUGAAAUUUUUUCGUGGUAAAUUUCGUUGGCGGUUUUAAAAUUUUUACAUUACCGGUCGAGAUGUACAUUUCAUGUUGUGAUUUUCGUCGUCGUAUUACUAAUUCUCUGGUCACAUAUUUUCGCUGUUGAUCGAGGUUACUGUGCGUGAUUAAUUGCCAUAAUCAACAGUAGGCUACCCAAUUCACCGGUAUGGCGAUAGUGUGAUGUACUUUAUGGUGGAAAAUAUUCGUUGGAAUGGGUAUACAAUCGGAAGUAAUUGCAAGCAUCGUUACAACUGUUGCCUUUUUGCAAAUUUCGCUAGUGGUUAAUUUCGUGGGUAUAAAAGCGGCUGCCGAUAAUACCGGGUACAGCAGAGAAAUCAAAACUGUGGAUGUUACGACGGAAAUAUUAGCUGCCAUGAAUGAACUAGAAGCCACAUUUCCACCUUUACAGCCUGCCUAUUUUAUAACAAAAAAUUCGACGGUUAUAAUGGCCCAAACCGGCAGCAUCGCCAGGAUACCUUGCGUCGUUAAAAAUUUAGGCGAAGCAACAGUAUCAUGGAUCAGAAGAAAAGACUAUCAUUUAUUAACCGUUGGAUUAACCUCGUACACCGUCGACGAAAGAUAUCAACCAGUUCAUUAUCAAAAUUCAGAGGACUGGACGUUACAAAUUAGAUAUGUUCAAAAAAGAGAUGCCGGAUUAUACGAAUGUCAAAUCACGUCGCAUCCACCAUCUAGUAUAUUUGUAGACUUUCAAGUAGUAGAGGCUGAAGCUCAAAUCGAAGGCUCAAAAGAAAAAUACCUGAAAUACGGUAGUGUUUUACAUUUAGUCUGCACGGUGCUGAAAAGUCCGGAAAUACCAACGUAUAUUUUUUGGUACCACAAUAAUCAAAUGGUGAACUACGACUCGCAUAGAGGUUUCAACGUAACCCUAGAUUUAGCAAAUAAAACCAGCGCCUUAUACGUUCCCAGAACCACCAACGAACACACCGGAAAUUAUUCUUGUGUGCCUAGCAACGCUCAUCCAGAUAGUACUGUUGUUCACAUACUCAAUGGUGAAAAUCCUGCCGCUAUGCAGCAUGGAAGAGGACGAGGACUUAGUUUAUUUCACUGCACGUCGUUGUGGCUGCUGUUAAUUUGUUUUUUAACAACGUCUAUACUUUCGGGAACGUAGUCGCAAUUUGUCGUUAACUAUAUCGAUAUAAUUAUUAUUUUCCGCAAUUUUUUUAUUAAAUAAAACGAAUGUAAUUAAAAAAAUUUUUAUACGAUUUCUUAUAUAUUUUUUUGUUGGUCUCGUGAAAAAAAAACCUCGAUAUGAUAAACGUAUAUUGGUGCGAAUUUUUUGUAACGCUUCGAGUUAAAAAAAAUAAUAAUAAGAAAGAAAAUACCAAAAAAAUAUUUUUUUAUGAUUUUAUCGUUUAAAAAAACUAUUGAUCAGUGGUCUUAGUUACCCAGUUGUUAUGUGUAUAUCUUAUAUGUACAUGUUUUUCUUUUUCUUUUUUGAUAAAGGAGGAAAUUCUUUAUCGUGUAUGCGAUAUGUAAAUAAAUAAAUGUAUAUUAUGUGUAAAAAAAUUUAAAUAAUAAAUCGCCGUGAAUUCAACAAUUCUCGUUGACGAGACUUUUUUCAUUUCAAAUAAUUAUUAUUAAUGUUUUCAACCGUUUGAUAAUUCAUACUUACAUGUUAAUUGUUUGAUGUUGAAUGUAUGUACUAUGGCAAAAAAAAAAAAAUCG